AUGCAGUUUGCUGUACCUCCUCGGAAGAGUUACCAUACUCCUCCAUACGCUCGUUCAUCGCGUGUAUCCUUGCAGCGUCGCAAACAGCUCAAGGUCGUGGCCAUCGCUGGGCUCGGUUUGCUCGCCUUAUUCUUCCUAAUAUCGCGCAUUUUCUCUUCGUCAAGUAGCGAUCUCGAUGAUGUAUCCAUCGCUACUUCGGGUGUCGUGAUCGUGACCGUUUUGGAUCACGCUCUAUACAGCGAGAACUACCUGCACAAGAUCAUCCAGAACAGGGAGGAUUAUGCGCGCCGACAUGGGUAUACCAACUUCAUCGCGAACGUCUCCGAUUAUGAAUCUGCGCUGGAUGGCGCCCCUCGAAGCUGGGCCAUGGUCCCUGCCCUCCGCCAUGCCAUGGCGUCGCAUUCCCACUCGAAGUAUUUCUUCCACCUUGGUCCUCACGCCUUAAUCAUGAACCCGAGUAUAUCGCUAGAGUCGCAUGUUCUGGACAGCAAGCGAAUCGAGUCGUUGAUGAUGAAGGAUGUAUCUGUGGUGCCGCCGGACAGCAUCAUCAAAACCUUUUCACACCUGAAGAGUAACGACGUCGAUGUGAUUUUCACCCAGGACAAGCAAGACAUUAGCCCCGACAGCUUUAUCAUCAAGCAAGGCGAAUUUGCUCGCUUCUUCUUGGACGUUUGGUUUGACCCGCUGUAUCGGAAGUACAACUUUGCGAAAGCAGAGAUCCAUGCCCUGGACCACAUUGUCCAGUGGCAUCCUACUAUUCUCGCUAGGCUGGCUCUAGUACCCCAGCGAAUCCUGAAUGCUUAUAGCAGGGACUCACCGCAAGUUGCAGUCGACGGGGCCUAUACAGAGGGGGAUUUCGUCAUCCAGCUGUCCGGAUGUGCCAGCGACGCCAUGCAGAGCUGCGAGAAAGAAAUCGAACCAUACUACGCCACAUGGACGAAAAAGUUCAGAAACGAACAGUCUCUUCUCUCCUAG